AUGGGGACCGCGGCCUCUCUUGGAGUGAGAACCGCAGUGGACUCCGCGAGCACCGCAGAGCUGACAGCCGCCCUCGCCCAGUUGGCCGCAGAGGACAAAGCCAAGCUCACCGCCGCCCUGGCCGCAGCGGACACCAAGAUCGAGGCCAAGGGAAAGAGCGCCGCCGACCCUGGCGAUGACCAGAAAGACGCGAUCAAGGCCUGCGCGGAUGCACUGGCGGCACUCCUGGGCGAAGAGGAGGCCGCGAAGAAGGCUUGCGUUGGCGCGCUGGAGGGCUCCCUGGUCGGCGGUGAGGAGGAUCCGGUCAAGGCCUGCGCCAAGGCGUUGGAGGCUGCCCUCGGCGGCGGAGAGAAAGAGAAGGCUGCGAUCAACGAGUGCGCGAGUGCACUCCAGGCUGCCCUGGGCGCCGCGAAGGAGAGCGAGGGCAAAGGCAGCGCUGCCGCACCAGAGAGUGCACGGAAGGCCUGUGCGGGUGCGUAG